AUAGAGAUUAUAAAUAGAUCGUGCAGGCAUACUUCACUCCACUCACACCCUCCUCCUACACAUUAACCACCAAGUUACGGUUGAAUCAACCAUCAUCAAUGGCUACUUCCGACACCACCGCCACCAAGCUUCCCCUCAAGGAGAUUCCCGGAAGCUACGGCCUCCCCUUCUUCGGACCCAUGAGUGACAGACACGACUACUUCUACCACCAGGGACGCGACAAGUUCUUCGCCGACCGAAUCCAAAAGUACAAAUCAACUGUCAUCAGAACCAACAUGCCACCUGGUCCCUUCAUUUCCUCAAACCCUAAAGUCAUCGCUCUCCUCGACGGCAUCUCCUUCCAAAUCCUCUUCGACAACUCCAAGGUCGACAAGCGCGACGUCCUCGACGGCACCUUCAUGCCUUCCACCUCCUUCACCGGCGGCUACCGCGUCUGCGCCUUCCAGGACACCACCGAGCCCUCCCACGCGCUCCUCAAGACCUUCUACCUCAACCUCCUCGCCUCCAAGCACGCCUCCUUCAUCCCGCUCUUCCGCAACAACCUCUCGGAACACUUCGCUGACCUCGAGGACAAGCUCGCCGCAAGAUCCUCCAAGGCCGACUUCAACGCCUCCGUCGGCUCCGCCUCCUUCAACUUCCUCUUCCGUCUCCUCACCGGUCAAGACCCCUCCGCAACCAAAAUCGGCUCCGACGGUCCCACCCUCGUCACGACCUGGCUCGCGGCGCAGCUCGCUCCGCUCGCCACUCUAGGUCUACCCAGGAUUUUCAACUACGUAGAAGAUUUCCUUAUCCGAACAAUCCCCUUGCCUGCGUGGACUGUUAAGUCCAGCUAUAAGAAACUCUUCGAGGGUUUUGCCAGCGCAGGUUCUUCCGUUCUGGACGAAGCGGAGCGGUUGGGGAUAAAGAGGGACGAAGCUUGCCACAACCUUGUGUUCAUGUUAGGGUUCAACGCGCAGGGAGGGUUGGUGAACCAGUUUCCGAUUCUGUUGAAGUGGGUUGGGUUGGGAGGGGAGAGUUUGCACAGACAGCUUGCAGAGGAAAUCAGGAGCGUUGUUAAGGAAGAAAACGGGGUGAGUCUCCGUGCGUUGGAUAGGAUGACUUUGACUAAAUCCGUGGUGUACGAGGUGAUGAGGAUAGAGCCGGCGGUGCCGUUCCAGUACGCCAAGGCCAGGGAAGAUCUUGUGGUGGAGAGCCACGAUGCGGCGUACAUGAUCAAGAAGGGUGAGAUGAUCUUUGGAUAUCAGCCGUUCGCUACAAAAGACCCUAAGAUCUUUGAGAGAGCGGAGGAGUUUGUGGCCCACAGGUUUGUUGGGCCUGAUGGAGAAAAGUUGUUGAACCACGUGUUGUGGUCAAACGGCCGCGAGACGGAGGAGCCCACGCCGGAUAAUAAACAGUGUCCUGCAAAGAAUCUGGUGGUGCUCCUGUGCAGGCUAUACUUGGUGGAAUUCUUCCUACGAUACGAUACUUUUACGUUCGAUUUUAAACCUGUGGUUCUAGGUCCCCGAGUGACCAUCAAGUCACUGGUUAAAUCAUCUUACUGACCCUCCGCUAAUCUCUGUUAUUAAUUGAAUAAAUCGGAUUAAGUAAAGUAGGUAUGUUUCCUGUUCCGCACUGCAGAGGAGUAAGUACUACCUGUAACAUGCAGAGUGAUGUGUGUUUCAAAUUUUAAUUUGUUUUUGUGGUGUCACAUUAUCCAAUAUAUUCCUUUUCUUUCA